GCACUUCCGUAAACCAAACCAGCGGCAGAGGCAGAGCUCGCGCGAGAUAGCAUCUGUAGGUCCGUUAAAGUGGCUGCGGCGCGCGCUCGCGGGGUGGGGUUUACCUCAUAAACGCGCGUGUGUGUUUAGUGUGAUCAGUGUGUUUAGUGUUCUCUGACUGACACGAGCGCUGUUGUGAGUACCUCACGCGCAGGCGGAGCGUUAGCUAGCAUCCGCGCUAAUAAUACAGGAGACAACAGACCAGCUAAAAAUGCCUUCCGUCCGUCAGCGCUGAGGUGUGUGUGUGUGUAGUACCACCACCGGCGGAGGUGAAGGAGGAGGAGAAAAGAUGUGGCGUUUAACUGAGGAGUGAGAACAGAGGGAGGCGCGCGCGCGCGCGCGGUGGGAAUGAUGAGUAACGUUAACGUGAACGCGCAGGAGCGCAGUCCGGACUUCGUGCUCAUGCGUCUGGUUUCUGCAGCUGAGUAUGAUGACCUGGAGCCGGACCGUGAGGAGGUACUGGAGAAGACCGGCGGGUUACCACCGGGGGGAGGAGGAGGCAGAGAGGAGCCGAACUACAGCGCCGACACUCAGGCGUGUCAGUGGAUCCCUGUGCUCAGACUCAGUACCCACGAGGAACCUCAGGAACUUCAGGAAGGACUCUGUCACAGGCGCCUAAAGGACCAUUCUGUAGGGGACAAACCGGGACACGACUCCCUCAGACCCGGUACCUCCACCCUGGAUCCUGUCCUGAGUCUGGCCCGGCAGCUGACCGAGAUCGAACCGAGCUCGGACACCGCGCGGAAGGACGGAGGAGAGGUGUGCUCCUGUCAGCCCGGAGAGGACCCGAGUGAGACCAGUGACACCCUGCUGGUGUUGGAGGGUCUGGGUACGAACCAAGUAGGACACAAGGGGGCGAAAGAGCAGCCGAGUUUCGCUCAGACUCUGAGUGAGUCCGCAUCUCUCAGUGGCCUGAUGCGCCAGCUCACCUCUGACCCCUGCUGUCAGGAUGCCUCCGCCGCCCCUCCGGCCCCACUCAGUCGCCCACCCACUCCGAAACACGUGGGCUCGGGCCUGCAGCUAUCCGCCUGCAGCAGCAGCAGCAGUAUUAGCAGCGGGAGCAGGGAGAAGGAGCGAGGGAAGUCCAGGAAGGGCUCACUCAAGGUGUGUUUGAGCAAACUGUUCCGAACGAAAAGCACCGGCAGCACCGAGCGAGGUCACAUGACCAACAAGAGACCAUCCCUCGCGUCAUCCACUUCCUCCGGAAGCAGCCUCGUCGACGUUUUUGGCUCCGGCGAUCCCGAAAUCACCAGGUCUCAGAUGGUCAGGCCUCACAGUGCCUCCUACUCUCCUGUUCCCUUCACUGGUGAGACCGUGUCUCUGGUUGAUGUGGACAUUUCUCGUAGGAGUGUAAACUCUCUCCAUCCUCCCACGCCUCCUCCUCCACCCAGGAGAAGUCUCAGCUUGCUCGAUGAUUUGGGAGUACCUCAGCCCGGACGCUUGCUCUCCUCAGCGCAGUCACUACAGCCUUCACGCACACACUCUCACACACACAUCCACCACAGCCUGAGUCUGAAUGAUACAACUCUCCGCAGUGUUCCGUCUAGGCCACGUCCCCUUCAGAACGAACAUUCAAGUGGCCCCGCGCAGCGUCGAUCCCUGUUGUGUCCUCUGACCAGCAGCUUUGCCACCAGCCUGCAAGAGCUGGAAAAGUGCGGCUGGUACUGGGGACCGAUGAACUGGGAGGAUGCGGAGAUGAAGCUGAAGGGAAAAGCAGACGGCUCGUUCUUGGUGCGAGACAGCUCAGACCCGCGAUACAUCCUCAGCCUGAGCUUCAGAUCGCAGGGGGUCACACACCACACCCGCAUGGAGCACUACAGAGGUACGUUCAGUCUGUGGUGUCACCCAAAGUUUGAGGAUCGUUGUCACUCGGUGGUAGAGUUUAUCGAGCGAGCCAUCAUGCACUCUAAGAAUGGACGAUUCCUGUACUUCCUACGCUCACGAGUUCCGGGUCUCCCUCCGACCCCAGUGCAGCUCCUUUAUCCUGUGUCUCGUUUCAGCAGCGUGAAGUCUCUGCAACAUCUUUGUCGCUUCUGCAUCAGACAGCUCGUCCGCAUCGACCACAUAGAGGAGCUACCACUGCCCACGCCUUUGAUCGGGUACUUACGGAAAUUCUAUUUCUAUGAUCCAGAAGAGGAGAAGAACCUGUCAAUCAAAGAAUCAGGGCGGGACUCUGGAACACAGGAGGCAGAGUCUCAGACGUAGCAGGAACAAAAGAUGCACAGAGUGUUUAUUUUUAUUCGUCGUACGCAGAGACCUGCUGAGACCAAACCUGGCUGAGUUUUGAUUGACAGAUCGACUACUGCUUUUUUGUUUUGUUUUGUUUGGUUAACACUGAAGGAUCUGAUCCGUUAUUUUGGUGGUAUCGUGAGUAUAGCAGUGUUUUUAACGAUGAUCCUGCCUUUAGGAAGGCAGGGGAAGUGGAAACCUGCAGCUGAUCCAGGAUCAGACGUUAAUGUGAAGAUGUGAAGAACUUCUGAUGCACUGAUGGACAUUUGUGGAACUUGGACCAUUUAUAACUGGACAUGUUUCUGCUCCUAUACCAGGUCCUGCUCAAACUUGUGUUCUCUUAUGGUCGGUAUAAGGGUAAGGUGCGUGUGUGUGUGUGUGCGCACAGAUGGUGUAUAUGGUGUAUGCAGAAGGAUGCCCUCUAUCCAAACUAAUGACUGUUCAGAGCGGAGCUGCUGGUUCUGCUGUGUGUAACAGAACCAGGUUCUCCCACACUCAUAUCACUCACACAUUCUCACACACACACACACACACACACACACACACACACACACACAGAGUGAGGAAAUAAACAUGAUGAAAAAACAACAUCCCUCUUAUUAUUAUAAUUUUUUUUUAGGACCCUUUUAAAAGAAUUUUGAAAGAAUGUUUUAAUCAACAUUUAUUUACACACACACACAUCAGUUAAAACACUGAUGUCCUGUAUUAACAGCCUGGGGUUCUCCAUCAAGUUUAUGCCGUUAUAUAAUAAACAGCUGACAGAAACAUGUAAUGACUACAUCACAUCUUUAACAUAAAGCCUAAGAAUGUGAAAUAUUUACACUUGAUUUCACGUUUCUUUGUUUUAUACGAAAUCUUUAAUUACAGCUUAUAUAAUCAGCAGCUUUUGGAUUUCUCAGUCCUUUAAUAACUGUAUGCUCAAGCUUGAGCCUUCACAAGCCUGAGUCAAAUUCACUAAACACGCGUGCACACACUUCAGUAAUAC